GGUCCACGUCGUGCCGUUUAUUCCUGCUACUCUCUGCGUCCAAUUCACGCUCUCCAUUCGCGUUCUGGCUCCGUUCCAUACCGCACUCUUGAGCGACGCGUCUGGAAAAUAACGUAACUCGCGUAUUUCCAACUUGGUUAUGUGUCGUGAUGCACUUGAACUUUCAUUGCCGUCUGGAAAACCUGGCUAUGUAAACAUUUUAAAGUCUCAGGUCUAAGUGACCAUGCUGCCCCCCUGCAAUGGACGAUGAAAAAAUACACCCAAUGUGGAUAACCUUACUACCAAUAAUAUGUCUUCUGUGCUUGAUUCAUUCAGCUGGAGGAGUACUCUGUCCAAAUGGCUGCAAAUGUGAAAAUGAGAUCCUUCGAGCCAACUGUUCAGGAGCGGGGAUUGAAGUGGUUCCUAUACAGCUCAACCCUGAACUACAUGUGAUGGAUUUAUCGCAAAACAAAAUAAGCCAGCUUCACUAUACAUUCACGUUCUAUGAGAAGCUGUAUAUUUUGGAUGUUUCCCGAAACAGAGUUAAGAACAUCGGCAGCGGAAAUUUCAAAACUCAGAAAGUGCUAAAAUUUUUGAACUUAAGCAGCAACUUUAUAGAUGCAUUGGGAAAAGACACUUUCGAAGGCUUAAUUCAGCUGACCGAAUUAGAUCUUAGCAAUAACCAAUUGGAAUCGAUUGGAGCUAAUGCUUUUAAAGACUUACAUAAUCUAACAAUUUUGAAAAUGAAUGGCAAUCAGCUAGACUAUUUUGAAGAAGGGACAUUCAAAGUCAUCCCAAAUUUGCAAGCUUUAUACUUAGAUGAUAAUUCUUUUAUAGAAAUUUCAGCCGAAUUGUCAGAUUUAAUACAUUUAAAGGUAUUGUCGAUGGCAAGGAACUUAAUUGAAAUGAUUGAAGAUGAAAAAGUGCCAAACCUGCAUGAAUUACAAACUUUAGUAUUAGUUCAAAAUUUAAUUCAAGAUAUUCAACCGAAAGGACUUGAUACUAUGCCUAAUUUGGAUCAUUUAGAUUUAAGCGACAACAAUUUGACAGUUCUGCCGACUGUACAACUUGCUAAACUACCUAAACUUGUAAAUCUUAAGUUAAGUGGCAAUAAAUUUAAUUACCUACCAGCUGUGGCAUUCCGAGGUUUAUUUCAUUUGAAGUAUUUAAUGCUUACUCGACUGGAAGUGUUGGAAGGAAUGGAUGCUCGAACUUUCGUAGACAAUAUAAACUUGGAAAAAAUCAAUUUAGAUUACAACUAUAAAAUCAAAACUAUUCCAACAAGAUUAUUUCAUGGAAACCCUAAGCUGCGUUACAUAUCUAUAAGAUACAAUGCCAUCAAAUUCCUCGUGGCUACGCAUUUUCCUUUGGAUCAGUUGGAAGAAUUAAGGGUGGGUGGAAACCCUUUAGACUGUAAUUGCUCUAUGGGAUGGCUUUGGAAGAUCCUUCGGGAAAACGAGAUCGAAAACGGAGGAAAUGCAAGUUACAGUCGCAAAUCCAUUGACGGUUCUCUAUUGCUUAUAAAAAGAACCAUCGAGCUUAAAUUAGAUGUGAAUGAUGUUAUUUGCGAAACUCCAGAAGAACUUUACAAUAAGAAAUUAGUGAGUGCGAGCCAACGACAAAUGGACUGCUCAAUGAGCUGGAUGGCUAUAAUGUCCGUCGUUUUAACCAUUCUCUUUAUAUUAGGUAUUGUAAUAGGGGUUUUCUUCUUUAUUCCAAAGAAGAAAACCAACAACAGGUUGGACAAGGAGAUGCCUAAAAUAAUACAAACUAGUUACAACGCACCUCCGCUCCCUCCACCUCGAAAAUCGUUACCAAAUCAUGAUUCGAAUAAUGUGGAAAGGUAUAUAAUGCCACCCAUAUUACUCCAUAACAGGUCCAUGCCAAUGUGGGACCCAUAUUCCCAACAUUGUAAUGGUAAUGGAAACAUUUAUGAACAACUCAAUGAUCAUAGGGAUAGACCCCACAUUGUUUAUGUCUAAGUAUUUUUAUAAAAUGUAAAAUAUACAAAUGGGCUUAAUACUUCCUCAAUAGUUAUUUUUUAAAUGUUUUUCUAUUUUUUAUAUACCCACUGUUGAGAGUUUUAGGGCAACACUCUAAGGGGUAUGAACAUGUUUUUAUUUGAUUUGGUUUCAUAACUUUGACAAGAAUUUCACUCUUUGUACGUCGGAGUUUUACGAACCACAAUGAAAAGACUGAAUUAUUGUAAAAGAAGGUACAGUAAAUGGAAUUUCAUUAUAAGUUUUUUUAAGCCUUCAUUCGCAUUGAAAAUGAUUAAUGCCACUGAAUAAAAUACAAUUAGUGUCGUUUUAUUGAGUUAACAUUUUCAGAAGGAGAAAAUCCAUUCAACCUUAUAAAGCAUCUCAAAGUGCCCAUUCUAUAAGUGUCCAAAAUUAAACAAAUAGAAGCCCUCCUUAAAUACGUUUAACGUAAUUUUAAAUAUAUAUAAAUACGUAUAUUUAGGUAUUUGUUUGUAAAACAUUUUCUGUGGAUGUUUAAGUCAAACUCAAAAUUCACAAAAUAUAUUUUUUUAAUUAGCCGAUGGAACGUGCUGGCAAUAAAGAAAACUGUUUGACCGUAUGGAUAUUGUAAACAUAUUAAUCUUGUUAGAAACGUAUAUAAAAGGAACAGCAAACAGUGACAUACAAAAUUCCCAUCUUAGACUGAAAAUUUCAACGAAGGUAAAGUCCCAUGUGGAAAAUAAAACACUUCCUUUUAAACCGCUUUUAUCGUUGAAGUUCCGAGUUUUAUAACAUAUUUUCCUGCAAUCCUAGGGCGUUUUUACGGCCUUCUGAGAAUGUUUGUCGCGUUCUUCUGCAGUAAAAUAAUGUGAAAAGCACGAUUUGCUAGUAUCAACAAAACUCCGAAAUUUAUAUCGACAAGCGCCUCAAUAAAAAUAUAACUAAUCAAUGGUUAAAUAAAAUUAAAUAAUUCUUGAAUUAAUAUAUGCUCGACAAGUUUUGUUUGUUGCCAGUCAAAACUUUUCUAAUGCCCAUUUACUAUAACAAAUUAUAGCUGAUAUCACUCAUUGAAGUGCGUUAUUUCCAAGUGCUAAUGAUUUCAACGUGAAAGAAUUAUUGUUCAUUUGGUGAAAAAAUACCUAAAAUAUCGCAAUGGAAAUAAAAUACGUUAUAAAAAAGGCUAUUUUUAGAUGUUAUGUCAAUGCUCGGCGAAAAAGGGUCUUUAUCCAAAUUUUAAUUCAUUUUGCAGUUGUGUUCCGCUUUUGGCUGUUUUGCCCUUUUGGGUGGCAGUGUAAUAAAGAAUAUUCGCGAAGGGGAUAUGAUCCAACAUAUCCCGCAAAUUUUGAGCCUUCUGUAGGACAAGCUGCGGCAAAAGCUGCUUUUAUUUUCCUUAAAAGUUUUCCGCAUUUCAAAACCUCACAAGAACUCCAAUCUUCCGAAUCAAUGAGCGUUUGCCUUGUUUAUACUGGUAUUAAAUGCUUCCUAGACAUGUUUUUCUUUUCCCAAAAUAAAACAUAGACAACUUUUUAAUUUUAAAGAAUUCCAAUAAACUAAAAUAAGUACCCGAACUAAGCCCGGUCUUAGGCUCUUACUGAGGCGGCAAAUCACUGUAUUGCAUUAGUUUUCAUUUGUGUUUCUUUAUACUUUCACUUCCUAGAAUUGUUCUGUUAAACUAAAUUUACGACUCCAGCUUAGUUUUACAGCAAAAACCGUUUAAACUUCUACUGCUGAAUAUGCUGUUUUUGGCACAUAGACCAUUGUUUUUGAACAUCAGCCAGAAAAUUGCCAACAAACGCAUCGCUAAGUAAAUAUCUACUCGAACAUAUAAAGGUAUUUAUUUAGAACUGAAACAUUUCGGAAAUACAACGCUUCAAUACCUGUAAAUGUUCACGGUCAUCCAUAAAAGGGUAUAGUAUAGAAAAUAUAAUAAUACUUUCAUAUUUACGAGGUGUUUCAUAUGAAACGCAAGACUAAAGGGUGUGUAAUAUAAUAAUUCAAAGAAAUGUUCUUCCAUUGCGCUUUUGUAUAGUUGUGUAUUUGUUUUAGGUAAGUUUUAAACGUACAAUUUGCUAUUGCGUCUUAAAGCGUUUUCAUUCACAUUUUUCGUUGGCAAAAGCUGCACUAAAUCUAUACGAUAAUUAAUUGAUACAAUUUAAUGAAAAUGCCUUGAGAAUCACGAGCCAUAAUUUGUAAAGUAUCGAUUAUUUGUUAUCUCGGUUAAUGUUCAAUGUAUACGUUAUGUUUGUAAAUCAGGCUGUUUAAGUUACCAUUUAUGAAGUUUGUGGCAAUACCUAUGGCAUAUUUUUAACGAAAUGUUUCUCAACUUGGCCCGAAACUUGAUCAGUAAUUGGUGCAGAUGUUUUCUUCGAUUUUCACACUGAAUAGCAAAUUAUUUUCAUUGUAAAAUAUUAUUUUUAUAUAUUACCUCAAAUAUAAAUUGUUUUCACUUUGCAGUUUUAAUUAUUAUUUCUUAGCAUAUUUCCACUAAUUGAACACGAGUGCUUAGCAUCCAUUGCUGAUUUAUAAAAAGCGACUUUCUUCUCAAAAUGAAUUGCUAGUUGCAUGAAUUUGCUGAACUCCUCUAAUGUAUCUUUUAUUUUCCAUAGACCUUAAGUCAAAAUAUGUUCUUUCCCUCAAAAGCAUCUCGUUUUAGCUAAUGAUCUGAAAGUAAAAAAAGCGAACACUCAAUUUAAGUAAUACUAUUAGCUUCACAUUGGCUGGGUAAGUCUUAGCUCGUUGGCUUGUUUGACAUGCAUACAUUAAUCAUUAAAAAUAUGCCAACAUUUGCGAAAAAACAAGUUCUUGCAUUGUUAAAAGAAAACGCAAAGUCAAAAUAUUCAAAAUGAGAGUUAAUGCAUAUAUAUAAAUAUAUUUUUGAUGAUAAUACUUUCCCUAAAAUAUUGUCACUGUUGCCUUCUAAAAUUUGCAAAAAUCCAUUCUGUACGAAUCUAGAGGAUGACUGAUGGAAAAACUUGAAUGAAACCGAAACCAUCAUUUUGACGCAAGCAGUUUUGACACAAUUUAAUAUGAUGUAAAUUCUGAAAUACAAUACAAAUUUUUGAAGGAAAAGUGACAAAAAUCUCUUAAAUCAAGUUCUGGACGUUGAAAAGACAUAGUCAUGAAACAUAUUGUUUUCUUUUAAUUUUGAAAAUGUAUUGAUAAAUUAAAAAUGUUUUAGCUCAUAUACAAGACCAUGUAUACUGAAAUUAUAUUUUUUACUUUAUGUAGUGCAUGUAUUAUUUUUGUAACAGCAGAUCAGAUUUUCAUAGUAUCGCAACAAUCACCUAUACCUAAAUGAGAGGUUUUUCCGAAUGUCCACUUUCCGGGAUAAGUGUAUUGAUAAAAUUAACUGUAUCAAAUCACUGUUAUUGAUGGUCUAGCAUAUAAUUUGUCUACGGGUAAUAUUAUCGUUGUUCAUGCUACUAUGUACUUAUAAAUAUCACUAAGUAUCGUACUCUCUGUAUUUCUUCUAAACUUCGGUUUUAUGUAUAUGUUAUAAAUUGUUUGAAAUAAUGAUUAUAAAAUAAAAUCGCUAAAAGCA